AUGGCCCCAACAAUUAUAACGAUACUUGGUUUGAGUGCAGUUGUCAUUGUCUCCUCUCAACCUCCUCCUUGUCCUCAUGGCUGGAUAAGCCGUGGGUCCUCCUGUUACGUGUUUAUCAGUGACACCCCAGAAGACUGGAUGACGGCAAUGUCAUAUUGCAAUGUCCUCCAUGCAAAGUUGGUGGAAAUUGAAUCAGUUACUGAGGACGAGUUCCUUCGCAUACAUUUAGCAGACAGCAAAGCCACAGGUGGAUACUGGAUUGGACUUUCUGACAUCCUGGUAGAAGGAGACUGGGUAUGGACAUCUACUCAGUCGAACCCAACGUACAGUAACUGGAAUCCCGGACAGCCAGACAAUGUACAUCAUCAUCAGGACUGUGCACAAUUGUAUGGACCGUAUGGAUUUCAUUGGGACGAUGGUUCAUGCAAUGAUGCUAACAAUUUUAUAUGCGAGAAAGCAAUAGACGAUGAAACUGAUGUCAUCGGUUGAAAUCAUGAUU